GCGCCGCGGGCUCCUCCGGCUCCCGGCAGCGCCCGCGCGCGGUGCAGGCUGGGGGAACAUGGCCGCUUCCGGUCUCCCUGCCGGGCCGGCGCGGGCCUGAGCGCGGACCAAGCCUGUCGCACCCCACCCUCCGCUCCUCCCGCCGGGCAGCUGCGGAGGUCGCCGCAGGCUUUUCCUCCGGCUGCCCCCGCGCCGCGCCAUGGAGAAGAGCUCGAGUUGCGAGAGCCUUGGCUCCCAGCCAGCAGUAGCACGGCCGCCCAGCGUGGACUCCCUGUCCAGUUAAUGUGUUAAGAGCCAUUGACAUUUGAAGAUCAUCAGAAGUGAAGAUAAAACAUCUCAAAAAUUAUAAUUGCUUCCACUUCUCAUUCAGAGAAUUCAGUGCAUACAAAAUCAGCUUCUGUUGUCUCAUCGGAUUCCAUAUCAACUUCUGCAGAGAACUUUUCUCCUGAUUUGAGGCUUUACUUAUGAAGAUUAUACCUCAUCACGCACCUCUGCCAGAACUGCCUUUGUCUCCACACCUGUCUGCAGUGCACAUAUUUUCUGGGGAUUGUAGCUUCCUACUGAAUGCAGAAAUAUAGAAAGAGAGGAAAUCAUGGGGAACAACACUAACAACUACGAGAAGUAAACCUGUACAGUAGAGAACUAGUGUCCAGCUUUGUCCUGAGGGAGUCUAACAAAUUAGCAGAAAUGGAAGAACCACCCUUGCUUCCAGGAGAAAAUAUUAAAGACAUGGCUAAAGAUGUAACUUAUAUAUGUCCAUUCACUGGUGCUGUACGAGGAACUCUGACUGUUACGAAUUACAGGUUAUAUUUCAAAAGCAUGGAACGGGAUCCCCCAUUUGUUUUAGAUGCUUCUCUUGGUGUUAUAAGCAGAGUAGAAAAAAUUGGUGGUGCUUCUAGUCGUGGUGAAAAUUCUUAUGGACUGGAAACUGUGUGCAAGGAUAUUCGGAAUUUACGAUUUGCUCAUAAACCUGAGGGGCGAACAAGAAGAUCAAUAUUUGAAAAUCUAAUGAAAUAUGCAUUUCCUGUCUCUAAUAACCUGUCUCUUUUUGCUUUUGAGUACAAAGAAGUAUUCCCUGAAAAUGGGUGGAAGCUAUAUGACUCUCUUUCGGAGUAUAGAAGGCAGGGAAUUCCGAAUGAAAGCUGGAGAAUAACAAAGAUAAAUGAACGAUAUGAACUCUGUGAUACCUACCCUGCCCUCUUGGUUGUUCCGGCAAAUAUCCCUGAUGAAGAGUUGAAGAGAGUGGCUUCCUUCAGAUCGCGGGGCCGUAUCCCAGUUUUGUCAUGGAUUCAUCCUGAAAGUCAAGCCACAAUCACUCGGUGUAGCCAGCCCAUGGUAGGGGUGAGUGGGAAGCGAAGCAAAGAAGAUGAAAAAUACCUUCAAGCCAUUAUGGACUCCAAUGCCCAAUCUCAUAAAAUCUUUAUAUUCGACGCCCGGCCAAGUGUUAAUGCAGUUGCCAAUAAGGCAAAAGGUGGAGGUUAUGAAAGUGAAGAUGCCUAUCAAAAUGCAGAACUAGUUUUUCUAGAUAUCCACAAUAUCCAUGUUAUGAGAGAAUCUUUACGAAAACUUAAGGAGAUUGUGUACCCCAACAUUGAGGAGACCCACUGGUUGUCUAACUUGGAAUCUACUCACUGGCUGGAACAUAUUAAGCUUAUUCUUGCAGGGGCUCUCAGGAUUGCUGACAGGGUAGAGUCAGGAAAGACGUCUGUGGUGGUACACUGCAGCGAUGGCUGGGACCGCACGGCCCAGCUGACUUCCCUGGCCAUGCUCAUGCUGGACGGAUACUACCGCACCAUCCGAGGGUUUGAAGUCCUUGUGGAAAAAGAGUGGCUGAGCUUUGGACAUCGAUUUCAGCUUAGAGUUGGCCAUGGAGAUAAGAACCAUGCAGAUGCAGACAGAUCACCCGUUUUUCUUCAAUUUGUUGACUGUGUCUGGCAGAUGACAAGACAGUUUCCUACAGCAUUUGAAUUCAAUGAAUAUUUUCUCAUUACCAUUUUGGACCACCUAUAUAGCUGUUUAUUUGGAACAUUCCUCUGUAACAGUGAACAGCAGAGAGGCAAAGAGAAUCUUCCCAGGAGGACUGUGUCGCUGUGGUCUUACAUAAAUAGCCAGCUGGAGGACUUCACUAAUCCCCUCUACGGGAGCUAUUCCAAUCAUGUCCUUUACCCAGUAGCCAGCAUGCGCCACCUAGAGCUCUGGGUGGGAUAUUACGUAAGGUGGAACCCCCGGAUGAAGCCCCAGGAGCCCAUUCACAACAGAUAUAAAGAGCUUCUUGCUAAACGGGCAGAGCUUCAGAAGAAAGUAGAGGAGCUACAGAGAGAGAUUUCCAACCGAUCAACCUCAUCGUCCGAGAGAGCCGGCUCCCCGGCGCAGUGCGUCACGCCUGUGCAGACGGUCGUGUGAUGCGCCGCUCGAUGGGGCGCGGUCGCCGUGAACUCUGAUGACAGUGGCAGCUUCAUGAGGAGGAGGGCUUCUAAACAUAGAACCCGUCUGGGAGAGAACUUCAGUCACUUUAUUUAUUUCAGAUCUCUCUAGGAUGAGUUCAGAACUGUAGCAGUGCAGGUGGUUUAAGGGAAAUAACCUCACGUGUAAUUACAUGAUUACAACACUAAUCUUCUAAGUCGCCCAAAGAAUAUAAAAUGCUUGAAUCCUCGCUCCACAGUGGGAACAAGUUUCUGAUUUUCAAAGGAAAAUACUGUCUCAGAAGUUUUGGUGUCUGCUAAAAUCAAAACACAAACUACUUGAGAACAACACUUCCUGGCGGAAGAGCGCUCAUUGCACAGAAGGUGGAGCAUCAGUCUUCCAACCAAUCCUGACAUUCCGUGGACUUGGGCAUACUGGGCCCCGUGUAGAUAAAUCAAGAUGGGUCAUGCUCCUUUCUCAACAUCAUGGGUUUGUCUUUUUUGUAGUAAGUAAUUUACCAUUCAAAACCCAUGUUCUUCAUAUGUAAUAGGGUAUAUGAUAUUGAGGCUAUUAUAGUGUAGUAGUAGUUGAAAAUUAUUGCCGUCAUUAUUUAUGUGCUUAAUUUAAGAUAUAUUAGGUAGCUAUUCCAAAAGAUGCCUUACAGAUGUGCUUGGGAGGAGACUGCAGGGGAGAGAGUGGCAGCUGUCCAGGAUUUCAGAGAGUUCCACAUCCUUCAGAUCAGUUACUGAAAACAUCAUGAAACGUAUUUUGAAAACUCUAUCUGCCCUACUUUAUCUUACUUACUUUUUUGUAUGUGUUUGAAGACAGAAGUUAAUUGGUGAGUUUUGAGGCUGUAUUUAAAAGUUUAGUAGGAUUGACGUUUUUAUGAAGUCUGUAUAAAGAGCAUAUGAUGAGAAGUACUGUGCUCAAAUUUUACAUGAAAUAUUUUACCGCUACUUUCCUUGGCAAAUUCUAUAAUUCCACCAAAUGAUUAAGUCUACCAAAGAACUUAUUGCAUGUAAAGAUAUAUUACAAUCUCCAUGCCAGUAAAGGGAAUCCUGCCUCACUUUUUGCCUGCUACAGGAAGAGUCUAGCGCUGGUAUAAACACUCGACUCCCUGGUGUCUGUUUUACUCUGUAUAAGAGCCAUAUGUUAUAUACUGUAACACACAGGAGCUUCUUGUCCCUUGGGUCUUUAAUUAAAAGAAAAUUUCAACUGACUUUUAAA